AUGAGUAUUCUAAGAAGAGCUUGGACGAAAUAUCAACAGCUGCUUAUAAAACAUCCUUGGAAAACACAAACUAUAGGAACAGGUAUUGUAAUUAAUGAAAUUCCGUUUUUAGAUCGAUUUGAGGAGACAUCAUCUCACUCAAAUCAUUUGAGUGAGGUGAUGUCUUCUAAAAAUCCAAAGCUUAAUUGCUGUGAAAUAAGCUUAAAUCCUUUUACCGAUCGCGUUGUAGGGGCUUAGAAUUGUUCUGAAAGACAAAUGAGCUUCGGAUUUGCGGAUUUGCCAUUAUUUUGGAGACACAGUUGGGACAGUUUGUGUAUUGUUAGAUUUCGAUGCACUCAAAAUGGAAAACAUAGCAAAAUAGAAAAGGCCUAAAUGGAAUGAAACUCUGGGCAUGAAACCAUACUAUGGCGCGCUGUUUGUUUCAAAAUUAUAUUUGUCAGACAAUGUUGUAUCAUAUCAUCGUCUUCUUGUCAUUUAUCUCUCAUCCCUUAUUUGGCAUCAUUUGUUGUUGCUUUUUCAUACGUCUCCUCUUGAUAUUUGGUGCUCCAGAGAGAGAGAGACUCUCGGUUUAACAUUUUCUAUGUCGUUUGUACGCACUACUCUAUCAGUUCUAUCCAUUACUCUGUCAGUUGUACACACUACUCUGUCAUUUGUAAACAUUUUCCCUGUUAUCACAUACACUGAGAGGUGUCCGUAUUAACUGGGUUGAAUUCAGAGAAAAUGUAACUUAAGGGUAACUUAAGGACUGUCUUUCCCCAGGGACAAAGCAAACUGUCUGUAAUAAUUAGGUGUCUUUAUUAAGCAGGUGUCCAAAAAAAUGGGGUUUGACUGUAUACACAGGGCUGUCAACUCUCCUGCAUAAUCUGGGAGACUCCAGAUUUUGAACCAUUUCUCCCAGUCUCCAGGUUAGAGUCUGAAAUCUCGCGGAUAAUUGCCAUGGUUUGCCAUUUCUUGUAGAACUUAACUUUCUGACAGUGAAAUUUUUUCAAAUACUUUGCGUUGUUUGAGUUAUUUUACUGUUAACAUCAAACAUUUCCUCACAAACUCCGGUAUGCCAUUGUAAAUAAUAUAAGCAAUAAUGUGGUUGGUGGGAAGAAAGCCAAUUAAUUAGGUCAAAUGUGACAAUUCCAACAAUAUCUUUUUGUGCAGUUUUUUUCACAAAUGAUGUCAUGUGCCAUGGCCAUUAUGACAUCAUUUAUCAUCCCUUAUCUCAUCAAGUCUCAAUAUUUGAAGACAUGAGGGGUUAACAGCCCUGGUAUACACCUGGUCCCGGUUGUUCAAAAGAUGGAUAGCGCUAUCCACAGGAUAAAUCAUUAUCCAGUGGAUAAGUAUUAGGAAAAUGAAUUGCGCUAUUCAGUGGAUAGAGAUUUAUCCAAUGGAUAGCAUUGAUUAUCCACCUUUUGAACAUCUGGGGCCUGAUUGAAAAAACAUUGUCUCUUGAAAAGUAUAAACCAUGAACGAUGGGACCUAAUGGAUUUAUGGGUAGAACUUUAUUAGCAUUGCAAGUUCUUUUCAGAAAUGUUUACUUUAUUGAAGCUUUUGGUGACAAUGCAUCCAAAAAACAUCAAACGGUUUCCAGAUUUUGUGGCAAUAAGCUCACAGCUUCACCUGUCCUGGACACAUAACAGAUGUCUACAACUAAAAAGCAUAGGUAUAUCACAAACGCACACUUGAAAAUCAUAAGAUAUAGGACCUAAAAAGCUUUCUUGGAAGACAAAAAACAACAACAACAACAACAGCAUGCCUUGCAGAAAGUGCUUUAGGUAUUUGCAUCCGCACGAGUAUCUUGUGACAAUGCAAACUUUUGUCAAAAGAUCUUUGAAUUUGCAUACAUGUAUACCCAUAAAUACUUGAGGCCUCAUCAUUCAUGGUUUAUACUUUUGAGUGACAACAACAACAACAUUAUCCAGAGGAUAAUGCUCUUGGCCGACAGACUGUCUUCAUGCAAAUUUCACAGUAAAAUGUUGCGUUAGAUACCUAGACAUGUAUAUGUGCAGUGCAUGCAGCUCAAAACAUCUGUCCAAAAAAUGCGUGUGUGCAGUUUGUACCUCUGCAUCUGAGUGUGCAUGUAUAUCUCUGACACAUCUGAUUAGUAUACAUGUAUGGACCACCUUUAUACCUCUUUCACAAUGGAGUCUUAUUAAUAUAUAUUUUUUAUAUGUGUGAUAAAUUCAGACUUUCUGACCUUGUUUCAAAGUAAGAAUUUUUUUGUAUUUUGCACAAAAAAAUUGACAAGGUCAGAAAUGCUUAUUAUCAUACUAAUAAAAGAAAUACAUAUUUAACCCAUUCGCUCCUGGAGAUUUUGCCGAAAAACGCGUUUUGAAGCUAGUCGAGUGGUUUUCUGAUCACUGUCGUGCUAUAAAGAGCUAAAACUUACCACAAACCGGUUUACAGGUCGUACACUUGGCGGCCUUCUGCUCCAGAUGCAAAAUAUCAGCUUGCGAAGUUCGCGCAUGCGCAGAAAGCAAAAUUUCGAGAGUUUUUGGGUUUAAAAGUGACACAGCAGUCUUGACUUUUACUUUUCGCUUUCUCUCCUCCCUUCUUUUUUCGCUUUUCUUGCCUCAUUUUUUUUUUCUCUUGCUGGGCAUUUAGUAGGCUUCAUUUUGGUGGGAAGAGUUUUUAGGGAAGCUUUUAGGAUCUUAGGAUUAGGUGAAAGGAAAGGUAGGUGGGUAAUGGAACAAGAUUUUCAUGGAGAUUUUCAGGUCCUUGUCACGUGGUUUUUUGCUUCUUUCUCCGGUGUCCUUGACUGAAUUGUGCUCAUUCUGGUAUGGUUUGAAAGAUCUCUUCACUCUGCACAAGUUAGCAAAGAAAGUUGUCCUUGACCGUUAAAACUGAUGACGUCACAAAGGGUAGAAAGGACCUGGAUCCGCACGGGUGGUUACGGGCGGUUCAGGGGCGAAUGGGUUAAUACGCCACCAGAUUGUAAAAUACGUCUAUUGUCUACUUAUUGCUCUUAUUUUGUGAAAGGUUUGCAUUACAACUUCACGCCGAUUUAAGUGUGUACCCCAAAUUUUGGGGUUAUCAAGUAUUCAUAUAUUCAGGCUAUUGUUCCUGGCAUUGUCGAUUACCUUCCGAAGAAUCCACGAGCGGAAUUCCUUUGAUUUAGGUGCGAUAUGUCUCUUUUGUUUCGAAUUUUUUUGCUUGAUUGACUUUUUAAUCCCCAUUGUUACCUGAUGAGUUUUAAAUUUAUCCAUUAAAACACUCGGACUUGCCUGUUAAAUUUGCUGCAGUCUGAAGGAACGCUUACAAGUCUUUUAAGCGUGGCGGACAACUCUGGUUGCAUAACAUAUUUUCGGUCACGCACCGUAUUACAAAGGAAACAAGCCUGAUAAAUUUGAAAUUGUUUAAAGCUUAUAAAUACCUGGUCUCCAAUAGUAUUUUUUUAUUAAAUACUCUCUUGCCUUGAAAAUAAUUUGGCGUUUAAAAAAUUGCUGCGGAAGUUAUUUAUUAGAAUGUUUCAUUCAUUCAUUCAGUAGCUCUGCAAUCAAGAGCGAACGAACAACUCUUUUCAAAAUGUAAACAACGCAAGCGGUGAAUGCAUUUAACGGAGUGACACAGUUUUAUUAGAGUGUAAUUUCACUUUUUUGGAUGUUUUCGCCUGCCUUUCAGUUUUUUUUUUGUUGAACAAAACCUUGCGUUUCAGUUACGUGACUGCAGGGCCCGAAAUAACGCGUAUUGUCAGUUCACCGAUUUGCAUGACAACUUGAUUCGCGGAGUAGUCGAGUGAGACGGGAAAUAUCUAAAAUCAAAACAAGAGCUGUAAUCGACAUAUCAAAACUUGCGGAGUUCAUAAUUCCUCGAAAUAAUUUUGUAGAAACGCUUGUAUAGUUUCAUUGCUCUGGAGAAAUGAAUAACUGUUAUGAUUGAAUGAAUGGAUAACUCUCGGGCGGAUUUUAUUAAGCGAUAGGCGAGAAAAAAUGCUUCAGCGGCUUGCUUUGUACUUCGAAACCUCGGCAAGAAAAAAAAUCCAAUCUCGGUCCACAGUGGUCGAAAUUUCUCGUUCAAGAUCUCUUUUUGAAGCUCUCAAAAUUCUACUUUUUGAAAAAUACGUGUCCAAGUCGAAGAAGUUUUGCGAAAGACUUAAAUCCAUAAACUUCUACCGUAAUAUGUGCGAUAAUUCUCUGCAGUUUUAUUGACACAGUUAGAACAAAAGGAUACCAUUAAAACUUCGCGGCCCUGGGCAGCUUAAUUAAGCCAUUGUUCAAUUCCUUUGAAUUCCCUUCUGAGCCUUCCGCCAUAAAAUCUCACCUUCUUUAAACCGAGUCAAAACGAGCACUCUCGAAGGGAAAGUCCGGAGGAAUAAAUUGAGCCUUCAGGGUACAAAAUCCAGCGGUUAUGCCCAUUUCUGAAAUACACACUUAAAUCGGCGUGAAGUUGUAAUGGAACCCAGGAGUCAUUUCAUAAGUAGGCUGAGUAUGUUUGUCUGGGUGAACGUAGUCCUGAAUGUUGACAGUGACUGACGUUUCAACAACCUGUGCAGUAUUCAUCUUCUGAGUGACUCUGAAGAUGAAUACUACAGCUUGUCAGGGACUGUCAACAACAACGGUCCCAUUCAGGACUACGUUCACCUGGACAUUCAUGCAUAACCUUCUUUUGUUUUUAUUUUGCUGUUAGUUUUUAUGGACUUUAUUGUAAGUCAUUGCAUCUUAAACAGUGGGCAUUAACUGAGGAACUGUAUACAAGUAAACAUACAUUUAUCUUCUUACAGUGUAACUCAAACAUUUGAACAAGCAUCCACAUCAUUGGCACUAAACGAAUCUUUGGCUAAAUGUUUUCCAUCCAUUAUUAGUUUGAGCAUCUUGAGGAAGGAUGAACAUGUACAUAUACCAGGAUGCAAAGAAAGAUGUGUCUGGUAGCCCGGGGCUGGUGGAUUUUGCAAUUGGGCUAGUGAUUUGUGUUCUUAACUUGCCAGCAGGGCAAGUGCAGUUUUUUGGGAAAUUCAAAUUACAGUGAAGAACUGUAAUCAAUGCUGCUCAUGAAAUUUUUUGAGGGGCUACUUAAAAGACUCUUGGGCUAGUACAUACUAGCAACAUCUUGCAUGCCUGAGUGGCUGCUUGAAGCCGUAAAACCGACUCUCUUUGCGCCCUGAUAUACAGAAAGUAAACCAAUUGCUCCACCUAGACCGAUUACAAGAUAUGUUGAUGACAUAAAUUUAUAAAGCACAAGACAUAGUGUCAGUCAUUUGGCUACAGUGAAGUUAGCUAAGAACUGUGGCCAUGCCAUUUCGACUUAUACAUGUAAACAUUCACAGAAACUAUUUCCCAAGGAGUGGAAUAGAGCCAGCGAUGUUUAAUUGUUAUGACGUUUGUAAACUUUCCAUUAUGGAUACACAACAUUUUGUGUCUUUGACAAAACGUGAAUUACCUAUAUUUAUUUAAACAAUAAUUGCUGACAGUACAAUCUAACUUGACCGUGCAUGUAAAUUAUUUUAUUUACACUGGCAAGUUACUUCAUGUCAGAGUCAACAUAGAAUGUUUUUUGAAUAUUACUAAGGAUGUAGAUCUCAUUUCAAAAUAAAGACUGUCUCUGCUAGUGUGGUUUUUUUGUAUCCGUCAGGCCAAAUCACAUGAAAUAUAUCACCAUAUUUUGUACAUUUUCUGCUCUUAGUUAAAGUCAAGAUUGACUUGUAUAAUAUUGAUAAUAACUCUAAAAGGAUAAAAGUGCAGGCUAGCAACUCCAAACAUGAAAUUUCUUUGCAACUUACUGUUUUAUUUAUAAUUUUUAUUUAUUUUGAUUGCUUGACUGACUAGCAAUAGAAAAAAGUGUUAAACAAUUUAUCUACAUUUUUUUGUAAUUUAUAUGAACACUUUUAUAGUAAUUAACUAAUAUUCCAUUCUUAGGUUUUACAGUAUCCUUCUUAUAAUUUACUGUGGUUUAAUCAUACUCUACAAGUAUCUAAUUCUCUUUUGUUAUUUGUUGUUGCUGAUAUUCAAAAAUAGUAAGAUUUCUGCUACAAAUAAUUUGAGAGCAAUUUUCUACGAAAGACCUCAUUAUAGUACCGUAUGUUCCUAGUGAGAUUCUCAAAACAGAAAGAUUAAAGGGGCUAUGCCACACUAUUUUUUAGGCAUUGAAACCAUUUGCUAUAGACCUUUGUCACAACGGCCAUUUUGUCCCAGCAGUUAGCCUGGCAGUAAGAAGGAGGCUAGCUGGGCAAAUACAAAGCUUUUUUAAUCUCUUGGGACAAAAUGGCUGCCACAUGACAAAGGUCUAUUGUUUGUAGCUAUGAAUGGCAAGGAUGAACGUUGAUUAAAACUUGAAAAAAUUUUGCCACCCUUUUCAACUUUUAAAGCUUUGUGCUUGCAAAAAUUACAAUCAUAAAAAUUGUUACAGUUAGUGCUCCAUGAUUAAAAUUUUUUUUGGUUAUCUUCUUUGAAACUCUAAACAGGUACAAGUAUAUGAUUGUUUUUACAUGGGUUAAGAGUCUAAGUUCUGAUGUAUACGUAAGCCAUCCAUGAACAUGCUAUGGUACAACUAGGCAGCAUAAUGUUAUUGCAAAAAGAAGGUGGUGUCCAAUAGCUCUGGACUGGUGGAUUUUGCUAUUGCUCUAGUGGAUUUCAUUCUUAACUUGCCCAAUGUACAGGACAGUGACGUUUUUUGAGGGAUUAAAAUUACAGUCUAAGAACUGUGUAAUCAUUGCAGUUACCUCAUCAAAAAGUAUUUGGGGCUAGUUGAAAUGACCUUUGGGCUAAUGCAUGCUACUAGCUCAUACAGCUUGCCCAAAUGACAAGCUGUAUAACUGACUUUCUUUGCACCCUGCUGAUUUUGAUGUCCAUCAGACUUCUAGUCCCCUAUUAUUUCAUAAAUACUGUUGUAACUCGCAUUCAUCUAGGAUGCAGAUGUACCAAGGGGAGAGGAAGCUGCGAUCCAAGUUUACAGAAGUUAAAGAGGAAGGAUUUCAUUCACACCUCCUGGAUGUGAGCUACAGUGAUGUGAGGACAGUCCCCCUAUUCUCCCCAAAUCAGUGAUCCUAUACCCCCCACCCCCUCCCAACCCCUAGUCCCAGGGUAGAACUGAUAUUCAUCCCUAGGUUGCACUCAGAUCAUGGGCAAAUUAGAAGAAAAAAAAGAAAGAAAGAAAGAGAGUGAUUAUCUAAUGUGUUUAUGUAAAGAAUAAAAGUACAGAGGAGGUGGCAAAUUGACUGGGUUGAUAAAGCUGUUGCUGCCAAUCCCACUUGCUGCCUCACCCUGUAUGCCUCCAUAAGGCCUUAAAAACGCCCGUUUCACUACUCUAUUUCAGACAAGAGACUGUCCAACCCAUAUUUAGGCUAUUGAAUCUGCCCUCCCACACAGAUGUACAUGUACACUGAUUGAAAUCUCCGACAUUGUACAGCCUGUUCAGGGCAACACCCUGGUUGAGAGGCUAAUAGCAAAAUUGUGUACUCAGUUUUAUUAAGACUCUCAACCCCCCAAACCCAUACCGUGUUAACCAUUAAGGCCAAAUAAGGGAGUGCUUUCCCCUGGGAUGCAAAGACAGUAUAACUCUUCAGUACUUCUUGUUUUUGCCUUAGGUGUCCUUGUCGCUGCUGGGGAUCUCAUCACCCAGCAAUUUGCUGAGCAAAGAGGCACAAAUCAUGACUUCAGAAGAACAGCUCGUAUGGGAGUGGUUGGACUAGUUAUUGGCCCUGUGCUAAGAUCAUGGUGUCUUACACUGGAGAGGAUUGUCCCUGGGACUGCCAAAACUGUCGGCUUUAAAAAGAUGCUGCUGGAUCAGAGUCUCUUUGCUCGUGUUAUGAUAUGCUUCUUUUUCAGUGUGUCCGAGACACUUGCUGGGAAAAAACCACAUGAAAUCAAAGAGAUGCUCUAG